GACCCACAGCUGCUGGCCCAGUUCUACUACGCUGAUGAGGAGCUGAACCAGGUGGCUGCGGAGCUGGACAGCCUGGAUGGGCGGAAGGAGCCCCAGCGGUGCACACUGCUUGUCAGCCAGUUUCGCUCCUGCCAGGACAAUGUGUUAAACAUCAUUAAUCAGAUCAUGGAGGAGUGCAUCCCUCAGGACCGUGCCCCUCGGGAUUUCUGCGUCAAGUUUCCUGAGGAGAUCCGGCAUGACAACUUGGCUGGCCAGUUGUGGUUCGGGGCUGAGUGCCUGGCAGCUGGCUCCAUCAUCAUGAAUCGUGAGCUCGAGAGCAUGGCUAUGCGGCCCCUGGCCAAGGAGCUGACUCGCAGCCUGGAGGAUGUUCGGGGCACUCUCCGUGACCAGGCACUACGAGACCUCAACACCUACACAGAGAAGAUGCGGGAGGCACUGAGGCAUUUUGAUGUUCUAUUUGCUGAGUUCGAGCUCAGUUAUGUCUCAGCCAUGGUGCCUGUGAAGUCCCCCAGAGAGUACUAUGUGCAGCAGGAGGUCAUCGUGCUGUUCUGCGAGACAGUGGAGAGAGCCUUGGAUUUCGGGUAUCUGACCCAGGACAUGAUUGAUGACUACGAACCUGCCCUCAUGUUCACCAUUCCUCGGCUGGCCAUUGUGUGUGGCCUUGUGGUCUAUGCAGAUGGACCCCUGAACUUGGACCGAAAGGUGGAGGACAUGUCUGAGCUGUUCCGGCCCUUCCACACGUUGCUGCGGAAAAUAAGGGAUCUGCUGCAGGCGCUGACUGAGGAGGAGCUGCAUACGCUGGAGCGGAGCCUCUGUGUUUCUCAGGAUGUGGAGCUCCCGAUCCGGGCAGACGCCCAGGCACCCAGUGCCCUGGCACCUACCUUUUCUGCGUCCCUUCCCCCUGAGGAGCCACUUUCAGCCAGUGCCAGCAACCCAGAGGCAGAACUGGCCUGCUCAAUGCAGUAUGAUGAUCAGGAGUUGGAGGAGCUCAGCCGCAUGGUCCACAGGGCUGGAGACGAGAUGUCAUCUCUGCUUUCACCGCCCAGUGCCUGCCAGUCCCCAGCACACAGGCCAGGCACAGAGGCCAGCCCCCGAGCGGAAGCCUCUCCAGCCAGAGCCCAGCUGAAAUCAAGCAGUGAUGAGGAGGAGAGGGUAUUCUUCAUGGAUGACGUGGAGGUGACAGAGUCUUCUGCCAGGUCGGAAUCCCCAGGGGGGACAUUUGAGGUGACAGGUAGCAUGGAGGGCAAUGCUCCGCAGAGAAUACAAGACAGCCCGAGUGGAGAGGUGGAGGUCAGUGCACCUUCCCUGGUAAAGGAGGAAGACCGGAGCAACAACAACAUUGAGGAUGACAAGAUAAAGCUGGCCAGCCUUGUGGGCUCCACUUCCUGCAGCUGUCUGGACUCGCAGCUCUACCUCGAUGGCUGGGAGGUGAGUGCAGACGAUGCCGAGACAGCCGAGAUGAUUGCACACCGGACCGGGGGCAUGAAACUUUCGGCCACAGUCAUCUUCAAUCCCAAGUCUCCCACCUCCUUGGACUCUGCCGGGGCAACCCAAGAAGCCACAGGCCAUGGUCUUUCCCCGUUGGAGCCCAGGGCAGAGGGGACAGGGGACAAUUCACACAAACUCGGCGCUGCAGCCACCAACUGCCUCCUCCACUCGUGUGUGUGCUGUGGGAGCUGUGGGGACAGCAGGGAGGAUGCAGUGGAGCGCCUGCGGGAGAAGUGUGCUCCAGGAAGCAUCAUCAGUGCCUCUAACCCUUCUGUAAGCUUAGCCAAGGCUGGUGACAAAGAGCCUGAGAGACUAGACGAAGCCUGGCCUUCUCCCGAUGUCACCCUGCCUGCAGAAGAUGCCUCCAAUGGGCAGGAGCCCAAAGCCCCUGCUUCCAACAAGUGCCUGGCACACACCUCAGGGCCUCAGGUGGACACAGCAAGCAGGUUGCAAGGAGAGGGUGAGGUCAAAGGCCAGCCAGAGCCAGAGACCAGAAAUCAGGACCCUGAGAAGUCCUCUGUGGUCAGGGAGGACAGUACAGGAGAAGCCCAACACCUGUCAGGCUCCAGCUCCACAGCUCGCUCCUGCUCCUUAGACAACACCAGGCUGGAGGUGGCCCCUGCAGCCAUGCCUCUCACCCCCAUGGCCACCAGAGAGAAGAUCCGGUCCAGGUUCCAUGGCAGCCAUGACCUGAUCCACCGUCUGUUUGUCUGCAUUUCAGGUGUCGCUGACCAGCUGCAGACGAACUAUGCCAGCGACCUGAGAAGUAUUCUCAAAACACUGUUUGAGGUCAUGGCCACCAAGCCAGAAACAGACGACAAGGAGAAGCUAAAGAAGGUAACCCAGACCCUACGGAGCGCGGCCUUGGAGGACUGUGCAUUAUGCCAGGAGACUGUGUCAUCCUCAGAACUGGCAGCCAAGACUCGAGAUGGGGACUUUGAAGACCCUCCUGAGUGGGUGCCAGAUGAGGCCUGUGGCUUCUGCACCUCCUGUAAAGCUCCCUUUACCGUCAUCCGCAGGAAGCACCACUGCCGCAGCUGUGGGAAGAUCUUCUGUUCCCGCUGCUCAUCACACUCAGCACCGCUCCCGCGCUACGGGCAGGUGAAGCCAGUCCGUGUGUGCACACACUGCUACAUGUUCCAUGUCACACCUUUCUACAGUGACAAGACAGGCAUGUGAUGCUGUGCCUGGCACGUCCCAGCUGAGCGUACUGGAGACUCAGGGCCAGGGGCACUAUGCCUGCCUUGGGUCCUAGCCAGGGCCUCCAGGAAGGAGGUGCUGUGCCUGCCGUGUGCCCUGUCCAGGCUGUGCUGCGGGAGGGCCUCAUCGCAUCUCAUCAAGCUGCUGCUGCUGCUGCAGACCUGCCUGGGUUUCCAGAAUGUCCAGAGCCUCUGUCUACUCCCCCUGGCCUCUCCACCUAUGGAGACACCAGUCCUGGCAUGGGGCCAAUGAGAGGCCAGCUUUAUUCAGAGGAGGGACCCAGGGAUGCCCCGUUGCUGCUUCCAGGUCAGGGUACCUAACCAGGCAGGGUUGGACUCUCUUCUCUUGCCCAUCUAAUGGCGCUUUGCUCCAGCUGUGCAUAUUGGGCAGGAGAGGGCCAGUUCUGUAUGUUCUCUUCUGUAGCUGAGAAUCUGGAAGCAGAAGCCAGGAGGCUCUAGGCCCCAACAUCAUAGCAGGACUCCCUGCUGUUUACACCCACCUCAUUCCCUAGUGCUCACCACCUGCCUCAGGACCCUGCUCAACAACAUACAUCUCGUUUCUAUUUUGAAGGGAGAAUGUAGGAAGCAGACACAGUGGUCUCCUGGGGCAGCAGGCAUGCUCUUGGCAUCUAUACCAUUGCCACUUGCUGGCGGAGCAGGGGCUGACCGUCCGCCGGUACCUAGGCUGUGCUCUCAGGUGUUUGGGACUGGACUCAUCAGGCAGCCGCCACUUGGCUAACAUUUCCUUCUUCCUCUGCACCCACCGGGACUGACCCACUUCCUCAGACCUCAGCGCGGCCUGGACAGGCUGAGACGCACAGACACCUCCUCAGGCUUCAAUCUCAGGCUUCACGUUGCAAUGAUGAUUACAGCUUUAUUUUUAGAGAGAUGACACACCUACUGCUUCUUUUAUAGGAUGAAAUCCAAUCGCAGUUCAGCAGUGGAAUACACAUGCACAAAAAUGGCUUCUGUGCGGGGGUUGGGGGGAGAGUAUAUAACAGAGGGAAUAUUAUGUAUUGAGAUUAUUUUUAUUUUCUAAAUGCUGUAAUUCGAAACCAUUUCCAUAAAUCUAUUUAAGGAUUGCA